UUACCUUCGUGUUUUACAUAUCUAAAACAAAUUUGACUCCAGUUUCAGCUGAGGGAAACAAUACAACAAAAAUGUCAGUUGAAAUGACUGGAAUUAAACACCGUACUGAUCAUGAAACGUAUGAAAACAGUGGAUUUGAGCAUGUAGAUACAGAGACGGUUACCGAUAUCUUGGAUGAGGAGCUAAAAAUUAAAGAAAUCGCCGUAGAAGAAGAGAUGCAAGCGUAUCAAAAAGUCAUACUAAGCAUACAAGAAUCUGUCGGGACGUCUUACAAAAGACAUAGCAAGAUCAUUUGGACCACAAUUUAUAUAUUACUACUACUGGCAUAUUGUGCAUACCUAAGUUAUGCAUUGUACUUCCGCUUCGGCGAUGAGGGCUCAUGGCGUCUUCUUGGAUUCUCAGUGUUUGGCAUUGCGCUGAUCGUCGUCAUGAAAGUGUAUCGCCAUUAUGAAAGUGAUGUUCUCAGAUGGCUUGCUCGUAAGAAGGGAUACAUGGACAAUAACUGUACGAGGAUAUUUGGAACCGUCAUUGCUUGGGUUCUGCGCCUUGGAGUACUUAUUUUCCUUAUUGUAUACAUUGUUAUUGACGUCGCUUUGGAUCAACCCCAAAAUCUUGUGUGUGUUGCUGGUCUUCUGAUAUACAUACUUCUGUUUUUCAUCACAUCUGCCAAUCCUGCAAAGAAUAAUUCGGCCCAGUCAAACAAUAAUACGAUUCCAGUGUCAGUAACGUUUGUAACGUUCAUACUGUAUCUGAGCUUAUAA